AUGGUGCUGUUGACGUUCACAAAUAGCUUGCCAGCGCACGUUACCACCAUACCAACCGCACCAGCUCCUUGGGAUAUGGUGUCGAAAAUACUGGUGGGAAGUGCCUUGCGCAUAUGGUGUCUCAAAUGCGACCCAAGAAGUUUAAACCUAUCACGGCGGCAGCGAGGACUCAAUACCAUUCUUCAGCCCAUCAAGGGACAUGCCACAAUAUGGAAUUGGGCGUGUUCUCUAUGUGACUGCUGGGGGUUUCGGGAUCGUUGCCCUUCAUUAAAGAUUGUCAGUAAAUGUGAGUUGUCUAUUUGUGUAGUUGUUCCUUCAUACUGCUUGCCACAAGUAAUCACAAAUGCCACCUUUGAAUCAGAACUACACUCGUUUGUUCUAUAUAAUACACAACGCUUGGCUGACUAUCUCCUGAUGAAUGAUGGCUCCUUUGAACCUGCAGCAAACAAUAUCAAGGAGUUUAAUAAUAUCCAGCCAGUUCAUCUUGACAAUUGGAUUGCAGAGAAUAUACUUCGAUAUAAGCAAGGAUGGGGCAAUAUUGAGAGGAAGAUCCUAAAUUAA